CGUUGGGCCUUUCCAGGUACGAAGUAGUCAAACGAAGAGAGAAUCUUUUUCAGAUUAUUCCCAUCGUCUCUUUCUUCACCCUCUCGCCAUUGUUUGUAGAUCCGCUUUUUCCAGACCCUAAAUCGAGCACCGAUACGUAAGAGAUCAAACAAAGGGUUAAUCAUGGCAAACCAGAAAGGCGCUCUCGAGGGAUUCUACAGACUCAUCAUGCGCCGUAACUCCGUCUACGUCUCAUUCAUCAUCGCCGGCGCUUUCUUCGGCGAAAGGGCUGUGGAUUACGGUGUUCAUAAGCUCUGGGAAAGCAAGAAUAUUGGGAAACGGUAUGAAGACAUAUCUGUGUUGGGUCAAAGGCCAGUUGAAGAAUGAGAGUUCUCCUUUUUAAAUCUCUGCUUACUAAAAGAAAGAAAUGGAAUUUUCCAUUGUUGUUUUUUCACUCAGAAGUCUCCAUCUUUUGUUCAAUAAAUCAUUGCUAUGAUUUUCCAUAUUUUCACCUAAACCGCUAUUUGGUUCUGAUUAGCUGAUUUUUUGCAUUGUUGAAUAUGAUAACAUUCAUCAUA